AUCACUGUGCUGUGCUGCCUCUGUUUACCACCACCAUGCUCCACUCCAGCAGGUCGCAAAGUUAAUCAUCCACCUCCGUCAGUUCAGAGUCAGAGAGCAUGUGGUGCACUCCACUAGUACCCAGCCUCAGAGUAUGGAGUCCAGUGUUAAUUGGCGAGCAGAGCUGCCUUUCUUCCUCCUCUCGCUCUCCGGCAAGCCGGCCGCCGGCCCACACUCACUCACGCACGCACGCAAGGACGCACGCUGCCGCAUUUAGUUAAGCAGCAGCUCAAUAGCUCAUGCCCCGUCCCUCUCCCCUUUUCCUUUCCUUUCCGGAGAAGAGAUCCAAGGCAGCCUUGUCCGUUUCUACUCUUUUACACCUAGCUCGCUCACUGCUCCCCCGCCCAUCAUCAAUGCCGCCCACCCGCCAUUGCUGACCUCCCCUUCCUGCCACUGCCUUCCUUCCUUCACUCCACACUCCACCACACCAUGAAGCCCCCCGGAGCCGGAGCCCUCUCGCCUCGCCACCUCCUGCCCCUCCUCCUCCUCCUGCUCUACCACCUCGCCGCCGCCGGCACCGCAGCAACCGACGCCGACGCGCUGCUGGCACUAAAAUCCUCCCUCGACGCAUCCAACCGCCUCCCGUGGCACCCCUCCACGGCCCGCACCCUCUGCACCGCCUGGCCGGGCGUGCGCCAGUGCGACCCCGCCGGCCGCGUCACCAAGCUGGUCCUCGAGAACCUCAACCUCACGGGCCCGCUCACCGCCGCCCUCCUCGCGCCGCUCGGCGAACUCCGCGUCCUCAGCCUCAAGGCCAACGCGCUCUCCGGCCCCGUCCCCGACGGGCUCGCCGCCGCGCUCCCCAACCUCAAGCUGCUCUACCUCGCCGGCAACCGCCUCUCCGGCCCGCUCCCCGCCAGCCUCGCGCUGCUCCACCGCGCCACCGUGCUCGUGCUCUCCGGCAACCGCCUCUCCGGCCGGAUCCCGCGCGAGCUCGCCCGGGUGCCGAGGCUCACCUCGCUGCUGCUCGACGGGAACCUGCUGACGGGGCCGGUGCCCGCGCUGCCGCAGAGCACGCUCCGGGCGCUCGACGUCUCCGGCAACCGGCUGUCGGGCCAGAUCCCCGGCGUCCUCGCGAGGCGGUUCAACGCGUCGGCGUUCGCGGGCAAUGCCGGGCUCUGCGGGGCGCCGCUCGCCGUGCCCUGCGUCGCGGCGGCGGCCGCUCCCGGGCCGAUGUCGCUCUCCCCCGCCACCGCCGCGUUCGCGCCGCUCCCUCCCCCCGGCGGGUCCGGUGGCAGCAGCGGCCGCCGCAGGAAGGCCGCGAUAAUCGCCGGGUCGACGGUGGCGGGCGCGGUGGUGCUGGCCCUGCUGGUCGCGGCGGCGGUGACCGCGUCUCGGCGCGGGCGCGGGCGCAACAAGCGCGUGGCCGGCGACGUGGACAAGGGCGGGCUUGGCACGCCAGAGGAGCAGGCGGAGGAGGACCACCAGCAGCAGCACCGGUCGGCCAACGCAGCACUGCCGCCAGCGACGAACUCAGCGGCGGCGGCGGUGGGCGGUCGGGAGUUCUCGUGGGAGCGGGAGGGGAUCGGGAGGCUGGUGUUCUGCGGGGGCGCGGCGGAGGCGUACAGCCUGGAGGAGCUGCUGCGGGCGUCGGCGGAGACGCUGGGGCGCGGGGAGGCCGGGAGCACGUACAAGGCGGUGAUGGAGACGGGGUUCAUCGUGACGGUGAAGCGGAUGCGGUGCGGCGACGCGGGGGGCGCCGGCGGGGUGGGCGGCGGGGCUCUGGAGUUCGGGCGGCGGGCGGAGGAGCUGGGCAGCGUGCGGCACCCGAACGUGGUGGCGCUGCGGGCAUACUUCCAGGCCAAGGAGGAGCGGCUGCUGGUGUACGACUACUACCCCAACGGCAGCCUCUUCUCCCUCGUCCACGGGUCUCGGCCGUCGAGCAAGGGCAAGCCGCUGCACUGGACCUCCUGCAUGAAGAUCGCUGAAGACAUCGCCGCCGGCCUGCUCCACCUGCACCAACAAUCACUUGUGCACGGCAACCUCAAGCCUUCCAACGUCCUCCUCGGCCCCGACUUCGAGUCCUGCCUCACCGACUACGGCCUCGUCCCCGCCCUCCACGCCGCCGGCGCCGACGCAUCCUCCGCAUCCCUCCUCUACCGCGCCCCGGAGACCCGCUCCUCCUCGUCCUUCACGGCGGCGUCCGAUGUGUACAGCUUCGGCGUGCUCCUGCUGGAGCUGCUUACGGGCCGGGCGCCGUUCCCGGACCUCCUGGACCAGCGCGGUGGUGCCGACGAGGUGACCGCCUGGGUGCGCGCCGCGCGCGAGGAGGAGAUGUCCACGGAGUCGGGCGGCGAGUCGGCCGCGUCCGGCGCCGCCGGCCCUGCCGAAGAGAAGCUGGGCGCGUUGGUUGGCGUGGCGGCUUCGUGCGUGGCCGCGGACCCCGGCGCGCGGCCGGCCACGGCCGAGGCGCUGCGGAUGGUGCGGGAGGCGCGCGCAGAGGCCAUGUCAUCGUCCAACAGCAGCGACCGCUCGCCCGCGCGCUGGUCCGACGCCGUCAUCGUCGGCGCGCCGGGGCCGCCGACGGACUGAUCAGUCCGGUCCGGUUAGCAUCUUCAGUUUCGUCGAUCGGAGGGAUCGAUCGAUGGAGCUGGAUAUAUACAUUUGAUUGAUUUGGAUGAGAUCGUCUCGAUCUCCAGUUAAGCUAGCUAGAUAGGAUUUUAUUUGGUUGGUUUGAUCAGUUGUUGGAUUUGUAGAUCGCGAGCUUUGAAUUGCGCCAUCGAUCAUCAUGUAGUUAAUUACUAGUUUGUGUCAUCGGAUUGAGCCAUGGAAGUAGUUACAAAGA